GCCGUCCAGGGAGAAGAUGACUUUUCAGUGGACAGCAGUUGCAACCUUUCUAUAUACUGAAAUAGGAGUGAUUUUACUGCUGUGUAUUCCGUUUAUUUCUCCGCUAAGAUGGCAGAAGAUUUUUACGAUUCCGCUCUGGAAUAAAAUUGCAAAUUAUUGGAAUAAGGCAUUCCUAACAAUAAUCGUUCUAUUGAUUGUUUUGUUUCUUGAUGCUAUUAGAGAAGUGAAGAAAUACUCAACUGCACAUGUGGGUGAAAAGGGUGCAAAUAUCAAUCCUAAUGCCUUUGAUCAUAUUCAGAUGAAACUUUUUAGGUCACAAAGAAACCUUUAUAUCUCAGGAUUUUCCUUGUUUCUUUGGCUCGUAUUGAGACGUACUGUCACCCUUAUUACUCAGUUGGCAAAAGAGAUGGGAAUUCAGGUAGCAAUGGAAAUUCAAGUAGCAAAUACUAAUGAAGCUGCCAGAAAAUACAUGGAGGAGAAUGAAAAGUUACAGCAGGCCUUGAAUGAAAAAGGGAAGUGUGAAAAUGAACAGGCACUAGACAAAGCCAAUAAAAAACUGAUGCAAGAAACUGAAAUCCUGAAAGCAGAACUUAAGAAAACUUCUCAGGCCCUUUCCAAGGCAACAAAUGAAGUGACUGCAAUUAAAAAGCAAUCUGAAGGCCUUAAAAAAGAAUAUGAUCGCCUUAUUAAAGAACAUGAACGACUGCAGAAACUCCUAGAUGAAGAGGAGGACUGGAAAGAUCAGUAGAAGCAAUUCAGAAAAGACUACUUAACUAUAACUCCAGCAGUGUGAAGUCUCUUGUUCUUCUCUUUAGCAUGCGGAAGUAGAUGACACAAGUUUUGAUUUUCUUAAGAAAAUCAAAUGCACUGCAGUUCAUUGCUCAAAUUCUACUUAUAGCUCUUGAUUGCCAAAUAUAUUCUGUGUUGCAAUGAGAAUAUUAAGUGAUCUAUGGGAUUUGCCUUGAAAUUUAUAUUUCAGUUCUUAUGAGGAAAAAUGUAAGCAUUUAAAUGAAAAAAAUUCCAUCUGGUCUAGCAACUCAGACGCUUUCUAUCCUUUUGCCCUCAAAACAUGAUAAAAGAUCAUGCACAAUAACACCAAUUGCUUGUAACAUUUGAGUGGUUUUAUGAAUCACACCAAACUAUGAAAAUGUGGUGACUUUAACCCAGGAGUUGGCAAUAACCGGCCUGAGGGCUGGACAGAGUUGAACAGGGUUAGCCACUGGUAAGACACCAGAUGCUUUGUUGACCCAAGCAUCUGCAGAUAUGGCAACUUCAUUGGCUGCAGUUUGCAAUUUCUGGCCAAUGGGAGCUGCAGGAAGCAGCACAGGCGGGGCCACCACUUCUUGCAGAUCCUAUUGGCCAGGAAUGUCAAACUGUGGUCACUGGGAGCUGUGAGUGGCCAUACCUGUGGAUGCUCAGGUAAACAAAGCAUUUGGCAGCCCACCAGAGCUAACCCUGGAGAAUUAUGUUCAGCCCACAGGACAGUUAUUUCCCAGCUCCUGCUUUAACACUCUUUGCCAGUGACUACCAGACCUUCUAUGAAACUUAAUUGCAGUUUAAUUACAUUUUUCAUUCUAUUUGUGUAGAAGGAUUUGAUUGACAAUCAGUAAAAAUAUAAAAUUUAGAUUUCUAAAUCCACCUCACAUUAGUUUUGGGUUUUUUUCUCAUGUGCUACACAGAUGAGUGUGUUUCACAAUUAUCUAUUUUGCAUGCCUCUGGGUUAUUCUUUUGGAGUACUUCAGAGUUUUUAGUAAAAAAAAUAGUAUUGGUGGUUUUUUUUAUUAUUCCCUGAUUCAUUUGUACAAGGAUUUAAAUCUGUUGUGUGCGCGCCACCAAGCUUUCUUGCUUUGCAAAGUGUAAACUUCUUUGAAAAAUGUUCAUGUGUAAUAUCCUUUUACUUUUAAGGAGUAAUUAUACAAUACCUCAAAAAAAAUGUAAAUUGUUUUCACAUCAUCAGUUUUUACACCUGACAGCUAAAUUGUGAGUAAUUUUGCUUUAGUGGUUUGAAUUUUGUACUUGAAGAUGGAAUAUGAUUGUUAUAUUAAAGGGAUUAUUUAA